AUGGACUUGAUUGAUAUGCAAUCGAUGGCACAGGGUUCCUACAAAUGGAUUAUGGUCUAUCAAGACCACCUCACCAAAUUUUGUGUUCUGCAUCCGCUAUCGUCGAAACGUGCAGCAGAAGUGGUGCAUCAUCUCACUGACAUAUUUCUCUUGUUCGGAGCUCCGUACAUAUUACAGAGUGAUAAUGGGUCAGAGUUCACAGCCGAAGUGAUCAGUGAGCUGAAAAUCAUCUGGCCCAAACUUGUCCUCGUUCAUGGAAAGCUUCGACAUCCACAGAGCCAAGGAUCCGUGGAAAGAGCAAACGGUGACAUCAAAGACAUGCUGGUUGCAUGGAUGGGAGACAACACCACGGAUUGGAGCACUGGAAUCAAGUUUGUCCAGUUCCAGAAGAAUUCCAGCUUGCAUGCAGGUAUUCGCAGAUCACCCUAUGCAGCCAUGUUUGGAUGUGAGGCCAAAGUGGGCCUGACAUAG